AUGGCUUCAACGGUUAGUUCCGCAUUCUUGAACCAACUCAGGUCAUUGUACCCUGCACGAUCGGGUGCCAGCGGGGCCGCCGGUGGAGGUUCUCUACUCAGCAGCCCAUGGUAUAUCUUAGCUGCAGUAGCCUUCAGUGCGAGUAACAAGCCAGACGCUGUGCCUCGUGUUUUUGAGCACGCCUUGAAUCAAUUCCCUACCCACGAAGGUUCUUCGCAUGCGGAAGACAGGCGUCAGCUCGCCAGAAAGCUACGCGAGGCGUUGUUCAAAUCUGGACUGAUAUCUGGCUACCCCAGAGCCAUCAACAGCCUCCGAGCUCUGCAUGAAGCCAUGCCUGACGAUCUGAAGGACACCGAGUUGCAGAGGGACCCGAAUUUGCCCCUCUCAGAGUACCAACAGAAGGGCCAAGUCUACUGGGACUCUGUGUACGGAGAAACAGCACCAGCAGUCCAAGGCCUCCUCGACGCCAUCUAUCCGGACAUGGGCUGGUUCUCCAAAACAAUCGGCUAUGGCCUAGUCUACAACGCCCGCCCCGACAUCCUCUCCCCACUCGAAACAUCCUUCACACUCGUCGCAGCCCUCAUCGCAGGCGACACACCGCAACAAAUCGCGUGGCAUCUCAAGGGCGCUCUCAGGUGCGGAGCGAGCGUGGAGGAGAUCCAUGCGGCGAGGAAGAUUGCGAUUGAGGUGGCGAAGCAUUCGGGGGUGCAAUGGAGGAACCCUGUACCUGAGAUCGAGCUUUGA